AUGUUUGAUUUCUUACCGAUUUUUUUUUUUACGUACGAAUGGAUUUUCGAAUUUGACCCUGGAGAAGAAGUUGACGUGGUAGAAACCGUAGCGGGUAAUAAUCACGUCGAAGGAGGAGGAGGAGGAGGUGGAGGAGGAAAUCACGAUAUUCCGGAUGCGAAACAAAGUAACAACGCUCAGGAUAGGGAAGAUAUAGAUUUGGGACUGGAAGAAGAAUCGUCACGUCCAGAGGAUCAAGAAGCGGCGGAAUCGGGAUCGAAACAUAAUUACCAACCGCCCCCCAGCAGGGGUCACCCGAUCAACUUGCCCAAUCGUUCCAAUGUCGGUCCGCAUCCCAACAAACCCUUUCCGAAUCCUCAUCACGGUAAACAACCAACAAUUUUCGAUUCGAAUUCGUAUCAGGGCCCUCCACCACCUCCUCCACCAAUACAAUCCUCGGAUGCAUCGGAUAAAGUUUACAAGGUAAUAGCGGCUAAUCACGGAGGUUUGGGUGGUUUGGGAGGACUCGGAGGAGGUAGAGGUGGAAAUCCAAGUGGUGAUCCUUGGCCGGCACCGAUGCCUGACAUGCCAAAAAUAGUUUCGUUGGAUGUGAAAUGUGAAAAAAGCUCGAUGAAAGUUUACAUAGGAUUCGACAAACCUUUUUACGGUAUCGUUUUCAGCAAGGGACACUACAGCAACGUGAAUUGUGUGUACCUUCCCGCGGGACUCGGUAGAACUUCUGCUAAUUUUGACAUAAGCAUACACGCGUGCGGAACGGCCGGAAAUACCGAAAAUGGAUUGUACGGAUAUGGAGCCGAUUCCGGUUCGGGAACUUAUUUCGAAAACAUAAUUGUCAUACAGUACGAUCCUCAGGUACAAGAGGUUUGGGAUCAAGCAAGAAAACUACGAUGCACGUGGCACGAUCAAUAUGAAAAAUCCGUUACGUUCAGACCGUUUCCGGUAGAUAUGUUAGACGUUGUUAGAGCUGAUUUUGCCGGUGACAACGUUGGUUGUUGGAUGCAAAUUCAAGUUGGUAAAGGACCUUGGGCAUCGGAAGUAUCCGGUUUGGUAAAAAUAGGACAAACUAUGACCAUGGUUUUAGCUAUAAAAGACGACGAUUCGAAAUUCGACAUGCUCGUGAGGAAUUGCAUGGCUCACGAUGGUAAACGAGCACCCAUACAACUGGUAGAUCAAAAAGGAUGCGUGACCAGACCGAAACUCAUGUCGAGAUUUACUAAAAUAAAAAAUUUCGGUGCGAGUGCAUCCGUACUAUCCUACGCACACUUUCAAGCUUUUAAAUUUCCAGAUUCCAUGGAAGUUCAUUUCCAGUGCACCAUACAAAUAUGUCGGUAUCAGUGUCCAGAUCAAUGUUCCGAACCUCACGGAUUAUUGAACGCACACGCCGGUCUUUUGGAAGCUCACGCUUCACACGGUGCACCAAUAACAGAUCAAAAUUACGGUUUGGGUCAUCCUCAUCUACCGAUAGAUGCUUAUCUCGGAGUAGGAGGAGGAGGUGGAGUAGGUAACGGAGUAGGUGGUGGAGCUCACAUACGUGACGAAAGACGAGUCGGAAGAAGGUAUCGUCGUGAAACAUCAUCACCGGAAAAAGAAAUCGGAUUAAAUCGUGUCAUUAGAGUCGUUUCCACGGGUGAUUUAACAUUUUCAAUUGAAGAAAAUUCAAACGUGACGGAAGCACCCACCAUAGUCGUACCUGCCGUCAACGACAUGCCCGGCCUUAUUUGCAUGUCGACUCCAGGUUUCGCAGCAACUCUCGUCAUAUUAUUAUCGAUAUUAAUAGUAUCGUGUUUAAUGUCUGCGAUACUUUGCGUAAGAUUACGACCCUUUUCCGCCAUAACCGGUAAAAGUUUAUCGUCAUUGGUCGAAGCUAAACCUACGUCAUUGAUUCAUAUGAAAAAAUCAAAAUGGAGAUUUUGGUCUUACUUGAUGGCACAAGAUGAUGAUGAUGAUAUAACCACGAGAAAAAAAAAUACUACUGCCACGACGAUGAUAAGGGAUGUUGCAUCUUGCGCUUGA